AUGACGCGAUCUUUCAGAUCGGCGGUCACCGCGCUGUGUCUUUUGGGUAUAGCAGGAGUUAACGGGGACGAUGUAAACAAAUUCACAUAUCCCGCGAAGGAUGGUCUCCAAUGGAACUACCGCGAUACAAUUAUAACAUCAUACGAGGGUAACAUUUCUGCGCCGAUAAUGUACACGUUCUGCAAAAAUGCUAAGGGAGCCGUUGAACAGGAACGGAUCGAUCAUGUUAACGGCCCUAAUACGACGGCGACGAUAAUUCUGAAUUUUCAGAUAGACAAGCCCGUAUCGUCGUGCUGGUUCAACAUAAGACUCGACGAGCCUAACAGUGCUGUGGGCGCAAACAGCGCAAGUUUUCAGUAUAACUCAACUGAAGGAAGUCGGAAAACGUUUAGUCUCUCGCCGACCUCCACCUCCACCUCCACAUCCACAACCAGUUCCCCAACUUCGUCCUCGACGCAAUCCGGGGUCAGUACCACCAGCCCCGCCGCAGCGUCAACAAGCGCGACGACCCCGUCUGCUAGCGCUUCAUCUGGCCAUACCCCCGGAUUAUCAACCGGGGCUUCAGCAGGCGUUGGCGUCGGCGUAGGACUAGUCGGGAUAGCGAUCGGCGCAGGUGCCGUCGCCUUUUUCUACCGACGAAGUAAGAAGCGGGGAGAUGGAAGUGCAAGUGGAAGUGCGAGUGGGAAUGAGAAAGGCCAAGGAGACGUCGACCCGACGAAACCCGAGUUGAUGGGCUCGUCGCAAUAUCCGCCACCGUCGGCUGGUGGUGCUUCGCCAAGCAUGAUACCUUCAGAGUAUUCCAAGGCAGGCUAUUACGCCCAAGUCCCUAAUAACGAGAUACACGAAGCGCCUGCGUUCCAAGAUGGUGUCGUUAAGAGUAAUCUAGGGUCGCCGUAUAUCCCGUACCAUGAGGCGGCCGCGGGGUUGGAACAGCAGAAGUUUCGCGAUACACCGUCUGCUGUUCCUAGGCAGGAGAUGGAGGCGACGUCUGUGGUGCAUGAGAUGCCAUAG